CACCUGGAGAAUAGUUUUUAGUGUGAAAACACAUAGCAGUGCAACAGAUGCAAAAUGUGCACGAAAUAAAGCUGCUUCAGCCACACCUGAAGCAGGAGGAUGUCUCGUUUACAAGCUAAGAAGCCAUCGUUGUGUAAAACUGAGCCUUUGACAAGUGAGAGAGUCAGGUCCACACUUUCUGUCUUGAAAGGAAUCAUAGCCUCAUGCUACGGCCCUUCAGGGAGGCUGAAGCAGCUGCACAAUGGCUUGGGAGGUUGUGUGUGCACAACCUCACAGUCCUCAGCCCUGCUUCGCAACCUUUCUGUCACCCAUCCCAUACUAAAGGUCCUAACAGCAUCUGUGCAGAAUCACGUGUCCUGCUUCAGUGACUCUGGCUUAUUUACAGCCAUUCUAUGCUGCAACCUAAUUGAAAAUACUCAGAGAUUAGGUUUGGAGCCCACGACUGUUAUUAAGUUAAAUAAAUACCUCUUGAGUGUCUGCACCAGUUAUCUGAAGUCUGAAGCCUGUAGUUGCCGAAUCCCAGUUGACUUCAGUAAUACACAUACCCUUCUUGGCUUGGUACACACUAUCUUAACAAGCAAACCUGCCUGUAUGCUCACCAGAAAUGAACUAGAUCACAUCGGUGCUCUGGUUUUGAAAGCUUUUUUGCUUACAGUUCCAGAAAGUGUAGAAGACCAAAUCAUUUUAGGGAAGAGUAUAAUUGUUCCCUUAAAGGGCCAAAGAGUUAUAGAUUCUACUGUAUUACCUGGAUUACUCAUUGAAAUGUCAGAAGUUCAAGUAAGGAGAUUAUUGCCCACCCAAAAGUCAAGUGCCCUCAAGGUGGCACUCUUCUGUGUCUCUUUAUCAGGAGAUUUUUCUAACUCUGGAGAAGGGACUGUGGUGGUCCCGUACCAAGUGUCCCUUGAGAAUGCAGUUUUAGAGCAGUUGCUUAAUCUAGGAAGGCAGCUAGUUGGUGACCAUGUAGAUCUUGUUCUGUGCCAAAAAGUUAUACACCCAUCUCUGAAACAGUUUCUUAGUGAGCAUCACAUUAUUGCCAUCGACAGAGUUGGAGUGGCUCUGAUGGAACCCCUGAGCAAAGUGACAGGAGCAACUCCCGUCGGAUCCCUAAACACACUAGUUCCUACUGCUUAUGGAAGUGUGAAAAAUUUGUGCUCUGCAAGAUUUGGCUCCAAACAUUUUUUUCAUCUCAUUCCUAAUGAGGGGGCUGUGUGCAGCUUGCUUCUCUGCAGCAGAAAUGACAGUGCCUGGGAGGAGUUGAAGCUCACAUGUCAAACAGCAAUGCACGUCUUGCACUUAACGAUCAAGGAACCAUGGGUUUUAUUGGGAGGUGGCUGUACAGAAACACAUUUGGCUGCAUAUGUCAGAUACAAGGUUCAUAAUGAGGCAGAAGACGUUGUCAGAGAUGAUGGGUGUUCUCAGGCAGAGCUUCACAUUGCUGCAGAAGCAUUCUGCAGUGCUCUGGAGUCUGUUGCUGGCUCCUUGGAACAUGAUGGCGGUGACAUCCUCAUUGACACAAAGUAUGGACACUUUUGGUCGUGUCCAGCAGAUUCUGCUUCUUUCAUUAACUGGACAGAUGUGCUGUCACGAUGUGGCUGUGGUUUGUACAACAGCCAGGAAGAUCUCAGCUGGUCUUUCUUAAGAAGCGCUUACCAUCCUUUUGCACCACAAACCUGCCUUCCUCAGGCAGUCGUGGACACAGCCAGCAACCUGACCAUUGACUGUUUCACCACCAAGUUGAGUGGCCUACAGGUGGCUGUAGAGACAGCCAAUUUGAUUUUAGAUCUUUCAUAUGUUGUUGAAGAUAAAAACUAAUAUAGAGAAUGGCAUAUUGAUGUUAUGAAACAAACUAGUUAAAGAAAAAUGCUUAGCAUAUUGUUCUUACCAAAGGCCUAUUCUGCAUAGGUAGACAGAUGAUUUAUAAAAAUAUACUUAUUUCUGAUCUUAGUCUAUCAGUUCUCAUCAGAAGUGGCUGCAUUGUCAGGGUUCUAGGUUAUCUCCAUGAAUAGUCCUUAGUUGGAGUAUGAGUCUCUGGGAAGUUCCCUGUGUUCAAAUUUUCUUGUUCUGUUGCUCUCCUUGUGGAGUUCCUGUCCUCUCCAGCUCUUACUAUUUCCGACUUCUUACAUAAAAUUCCAUUCACUCUGCCCGUCAGUUGGCCAUCAGGCUCAGCAUCUGCUUUCACAGUCUGCAUGGCAGAAGCUUUCAGAGGCCCUCUGUGGCAGGUUCUGAGGUUGUUUCCUGUUUUCUUCUUCUGGCUUUCAGAGGCUCUCUGUAGCAGGUUCCUAGGUUGUUUCCUAUUUUCUUUUUUCUUCUGAUGUCCAUCCUCUUUGCCUUUCAGGAUGGGGAUUGAGAAUUUUUAGUUAGGGUCCUCUCUUUUGCUUAGUAUGUUUAGAUGUACAGAUUUUAGUGGGUUUAUUCUAUGUUGUAUGUUUAUAUGAGUGAGUAUAUACCAUGUGUGUCUUUUUGCUUCUGGGACAACUCACUCAGGAUGAUCCUUUCCAGGUCCCACCAUUUACCUGCAAAUUUCAUGAUUUCCUUAUUUUUCAUUGCUAAGAUCAGAAAGAAGGAGAGGAGGACCUCCCCAAUCAGUGGACAUGGGGAGGGGCAUGCAUGCAGAAAGGAGGGGGGGAGGGUGGGACCUGGAGGGGAGGAGAGAGGGGCUUAUGGGGGGAUACAAAAUGAAUAAAGUGUAAUUAAUAAAAAUUAAAUUUAAAAAACUGAAAAUAAAAAAAAGUAUACUUAUAUCCUUAAGGAAGGUAUGGUUAUUUAAUAGAAAUUUCUAGACUAGUAAAAAUUCUUGAUGACAUUGCAUCAUCACCAUCACCCACAUUUGAUGUCCUCACCACACAUUUAUGUUUGGAAGUUUGCAAAUACUAAAGCUAGUGUGUCACCUAAGAAUAUGGGAAUUGCCUUGUGCUGCUUCUCCAAGUUGCUCCCGUAAGGGUUGACCUUGAACCUUUCUCAGUGCCAGGAUGGGAAUCUUCACUUUGCAUGAUAAACAUUGUUAGUUCCUACACAUUUAGCUUUUUGUAAAACUUGUUUUUAAUAAAAUUGUUUGUGUUCCCUAAA